AUGACGAGUAAACGAUUAUGCUUUGUGUCUGCAGACGGUGAGCGUUUCGCGACUUUAGAAGCUUCAGAAGAAGCACUUAUUGCGGACUUGCUGGAAGCGGUUCUCGUCGAGCUUCACCCCAGCGAAAGUGUUGUGGAAGACGCAGCCGUAAACUAUGCGUUUCGUUGGCGGGGCCAGCUGCUCCCGCCUCAACGAACCGUUCGCGAGCUAGCCCUUCCGGACGAUGAACUUAUCACUGUUGAACCUCAGUUCCGAAAUCAAGCCCUGGAGCGUGCACAGACGACUGCACCAGACUCGGUACGUGACCGCGACGCUGCGCUGCCUGCCCCUAUCUCAGAGACGAGCGCUUUACCUGCCACAGCUGGCGUCAGUGGACUAGUGUCCCGAAGCGGCUCUGAUUGGACCUCGAUGCCAUUUGAAGAUGAGCUCAUGAGUCCAGAGCUACAGCGCCGGAUUGAAGCUGCGAUUCAUGAACAUAACAUUCAGGAGAAUCUGGCGGCUGCUCUGGAGCACAAUGUAGAGUCGUUCACGUAUAUUACGCCGCUGUACGUUCGAGUUCGUGUCACUGCUGACUCAGCUCGCAACGCCCAGCCGGUCCUUGCACUUGUCGACAGUGGCGCACAGUGCACCGUUAUGAGCCAGGCUUGUGCGGAGCGUUCCGGUCUCAGCAGACUUAUUGAUCGGCGUUUUCGCGGCACUGCCAUCGGCCUGGGACGGGCAGAGUUCAUCGGACGGGUCCAUAUGGCGCUUAUGGAACUCGAUGGAGAAUGGUAUGAAUGUUCCUUUGCCAUUGUCGAGCAGCUGAAUACGGAUAUGCUUCUGGGUCUCGACACGCUGCGCAAGCACGGAAUGUGUAUUGAUUUGAGAGAGAAUGUUCUGCGAGAGAGAGACCGCGCUGUUCCGUUUCUCAGCGACAGAGAGAUCGCAGAAGCAAGAGGCCUCGAUUCCGCUCCGGCUCGUAACGAGACAGACGUCAAUGUUCAGCGCCUCGUUGCCAUGGGAUUCGAUGAAGCCUCAGCCAGGUCAGCGCUCGCAGCAGCGAACGGGAACCUCGGGUUGGCAGCGUCGCUGCUGAUGCGACCCGGUAUCGAAGCUCCGUGA